UUCAAGCUAUUCUCUCAUAAAUAAUUUAUCAAAAUGUUAUAACUUAUUAUAAGCCAUCACAUGAUUUUCCAUCCUAAACAUUUCUUGCACUAGCUACAUAAAUGUUACGUAUAAAAAAAAAAUAAAAAAAAAUAAAAAAAAAAUAAAAAAGUUGUGAUUAUCAUCGAAUUAUUACUUAUUAGGCUAUAUAUAUAGGUGUUGGGUUUUGCUUUCUUUAAUACAAGGAAUUAUUAUUUUUUUUCUUGUGUUUUGAGUCAAUGGGGGGUUUGGCUGAGCACAAUUGUGAAGUGAUGCUAGAAAACACAUUGAAAGUGAGUUGCAUGAAAAUUGGUGUUGAAGAAGAACCAGAGAUUCAGGCUGCUGUGAGAGUUUUAUUGGGAGGCUUGGGUGAAGACGUCAACCGCAAAGGUAUCAAGAAGACCCCGCUUCGUGUUGCCAAGGCUCUCCGAUAUGCAACUAGAGGUUACAAACAGAACGUGAAUGACAUUGUGGAAGGUGCUCUAUUUCCUGAAGCUGGUCUUGAAGAUGAUAAAGUUGGCGAGGCAGGAGGAACUGGGGGCAUUGUCAUUGUUCGAGAUCUCAAUCUUUAUUCAAGCUGUGAAUCUUGCUUGCUACCAUUUGAAGUGAAAUGCCAUGUGGGUUAUGUUCCAUCUAGGCAAAGAGUUGUCGGCCUUAGCAAACUUUCUCGGGUUGCUGAUGUCUUUGCUAAGCGCCUGCAGGAUCCACAGCGUAUGGCAGAUGAAAUUUGUUUAGCUUUGCAGUGUUCCAUCGAGCCAGCUGGUGUUGCUGUUAUCCUUGAGUGUCUUCACAUUGAUUUUCCUACUUUAGAGUCUACCAUAGUUGGUCCAUCCCAAGAAGUGUGGAAAAAGGCGGUGGUAUCCUCAGGCUCAGGUGUUUUUGAAAACAAAGAAGCUGGCAAUGAUAUGUGGACUGAGUUUUUCGGGCUUCUGAAAAUGAAAAGCUUAGCUGACAGGAUUCAGAAGAGUAUGUGUACCGGUCAUUGGUGCCCAUCCCAGGCUCCCUCAAUCAGUGUAAUUCCACCUGAUAUGGUCAGUGCAGUUGCUACAAUUCUUAGGACUUUGGGUGAAGAUCAACUAAGGAAAGAACUUAUUGGUACUCCUGCUCGAUUCCUUAAUUGGCUGUUAAACUUUCAGGCUCGUGAUUUUAAGAUGAAGCUGGAUGGUUUUGCAAGUAAGAUAUGGGAACCUCGGAAAUCAGAUGGUGAUGUAAAAGGCAACAUGAAGAUCCAUUCUGAGCUGAACUUGCCGUUAAGGUCACAGUGUGAACAUCACUUGCUUCCAUUCUAUGGAGUAGUGCAUGUAGGCUACUUUUCUGCUGCAGGAAUGAAUCCUAUAGGGAAGACCAUUCUUCAGUCUGUUGUGCACUUCUAUGGUUCCAAGCUACAGGUGCAGGAGAGGCUCACCAAACAAAUUGCCGAAACUAUGGCACCUCUUCUUGGUGGAGACAUAAUAGUCGUAGCUGAGGCUAGUCAUACAUGCAUGCUUUCUCGAGGUGUUGAGAAGUUUGGGAGCAGCACAGCCACCAUUGCAGUUCUUGGUCGAUUUUCAACUGAUCCAAAAGCUAGGGCAUUGUUUAUGGAAAGCCUUCCCUUUACUGAGCUCUAGUCAUGAUUCUCAUGAAUAAUGCUUUUAACAUUUGCUGCUUGUUUGUUUAUUAUGUAUAUUUUGUUAUAUCAAUUUGCCCCUUGGAAGACAGUGAGGUUUUGUGCACAACUGGUUGUAUCGUACUUGCUUGUGAUGAUUCCAUCAAAAUCUGUUUACUUACAUUGAACCUCCAAAAUAAUCCGUAUUAUUUAGUUACUACUCUGCAUGAGAUUGUUAAAACCUCACUAUAUGUAGCAACUCACGAACAACUGAACAAGCACGACCAAAUAUGGAACAGAAGCAAUAGCUGCAAAAACCAGCGCCUUUCUGUAUUGCCUAAAUACAUGAAUAGCCGAGUAUCUCAUCAAAUCUUUGAUUCCAAUUUACUCAAAAGCUGAACUGUAACUGCUUGAG